UCUCAUGCUUGGCUCAAUCAAAAUAUAAACAUUUAUUCCCCCUCCAAAUAUUUUCAUCUAUUACGAUAUCUGUUCACACUUUUAUUUAUUUUUGAGAGGUGUGGCAAAAUGCGACGUCUCGGCUCGGUCCAGCAGAAGGUGGCGUGUGUUUUUAUGACGGAAGUCAAGGAAGAACCGUCGAAAAAACGUGAUUGCCAAGGAUUUCAGGUGGUUGCCACCACCAUCUUGAACCCUGCCGUGCUGGAAGUGGACAUCAACUCUGCGCUGGCCACCGAAAAACUAGAUGGUACCUGCUGCUACGUUACGCACUACAAAGGGAAACCACACCUCUGGGCUCGACUGGACAGGAAAGCCAAUAAACUGGCGGAGAAGAGAUUCAAGAAAUAUCAGUAUUCUCACAGGAGCUCUAAAGGUUUCACGUGGAAUGUGGAGGAGGACUUUAAGACCGUGCCGGACACAUGGAUCCCAGCUCACCAAGUCAAACAUCACAACGGUCAUCCCGUCCCCGAUGAACACGGACACAUUCCAGGUUGGGUUCCGGUGGAGGAUAGCAACAAACAGUACUGUUGGCACUCAUCUGUGGUGGAUUAUGGUGUGGGGACUGCGCUGCUUCUCCGUCCCGUCGCCAACAAUGACUACGACACAUUGGAAAUCGCUGCUGUGCCACUGACAGACCUCCAGGAACAAACAUUGGAGCUGAUCGGUACCAACAUCAACGGGAACCCUUACGGCUUGGGGUGUAAGAAGCAGCCUGUUCACCUCCUAGUGUCCCACGGGAGCAUCCGCAUCCGGAACCCACCAUCGGUGGAUUUCCAGCAGCUCUACUCAUGGUUCCGCAGCGGCACAGGGGGCCUUGUGGAGGGUAUCGUAUGGCACUGCAGCGCCGGCUCACUCUUCAAGGUUCACCGCCACCACCUGGGUCUGGAAUGGCCAGCCGAGGGCACUCACCUGGGCAACAAGCCGACGGUGGUCCGUGUGAGUGGGACAACGAUUGCAACGGGCGACAACAGCAAGAGUCUGUUCGCCUCAUUCUCGCGCUUCAAUGGACACCAUUUCAGCCGCCUGCGUGACAUCCACUUUGACUUGUGAAUACAGUCCACAACAUAUUCAAAGGCAGACAAGCAUUCACAGCCUUCACUUAGCUUUCAGCUAGCCUAGCAAUUAAGAAUAUAUAUAUAUAUAUAUACACACACACACACAUAUAUAUAAAUACACUUAUACAUCCAUCCAUUUUCUGAGCCGCUUCUCCUCACUAGGGUCGCGGGCGUGCUGGAGCCUAUCCCAGCUGUCAUCGGGCAGGAGGCGGGGUACACCCUGAAUUGGUUGCCAGCCAAUCGCAGGGCCCAUACAAACAAACAACCAUUCGCACUCACAGCCACACCUACGGGCAAUUUAGAGUCUCCAAUUAAUGCACGUUUUUGGGAUGUGGGAGGAAACCGGAGUGCCCGGAGAAAACCCACGCAGGCACGGGGAGAACAUGCAAACUCCACACAGGCGGGGCUGGGGAUUGAACCCGGGUCCUCAGAACUGUGAGGCUGACGCUCUAACCAGUCGCCCACCGUGCCGCCUACUAAAUAUUUACUUUUGUGGUUAUGCAGUAUUUCCACAAACUGUGGCCCGAUAAAAAUGUGGCGCUCACGACAUUGUCAAGUCAGUCACGUAGCUCCACUGGAACAUGAACAUGAAUGCAGACAAAUUGUGGAGCGACCAAAUCGAAGAGCAUAUUACGCAAAUUAUCCUUGAAACAACAUCUUUGCAUCCUGUUAAGAAGCAAGUCAUGUAGCUUCACUGAACACAGACAUUGUGAAGCGACCACGACUGAGUCUACUGGAAUGCUAAUCGAUGCUAAAGAUAGGAAAUCUUUGCUUAACACAAUCUCACCUUUAAUAUUGCAGAUAGGACAGAAUAAAUUAAUCACAUAACUCUCCGGAACAUAAACAGGGACGUACACAACAUUGUGGAGCGGCUGCACGUCAGAAUCUACAGGAACACUAAUCAUCUCUGCGAAAUGUAGGAUAAUUUUAAAUUAUUGGGCUGCGCAAAUUAGUCAGGUUGCUCGAUGGAAUGUAAACAUGGACACAUACAACUUUGUGGAGCGACUGCACAUCAAAGUCUACUGGAACACUAAUUGUCAAAAAAGAUGCCGUAGCUGUAGAAUGAAAGAUCCGGGUGAGACUGGGCUGAAGUUGCGACACACACAAAGCUGUGGCGUCACCCCAUCACUCCCCUAAAAUGUUGACAAUUGCUAAAGACUGUAUAUACGCAGCACAAGAUUACCGGUAUAUUUAAUAUUGCAAACUUUGAGUAGGUCCCCAAAGACCCAUGAACGAACACAUUGUGCAGCGACUGCCUACUGUCGAUUGGAGCCACUACUUUCUUUUCUUACUAUUCUCUGUUUUGUGCUUAAUUACAAAGUUUCAACUGUUAGAAAAGAGAUACCAGACAUUCCACCAUGGCCAAACCUGCCAACAAACAUGAGCUCCAUGGUGGAGGCAAUAGUCUUAGUAUUUGGCUUCAAAAAGACACAACUUUGGUUUUUGUUUACAAAAAAAUGUUAUUCCAGUUCAUGGAUGGUGUUUACUCUGUUGAAGUCUAUAACUAUUGCAUACAACGUAAACAACAGCUUCUCUUGGUGUUAUUCUCUGGUUGUUGCGGGCCCCAAACUAAACAUGGCGUAUUCCCUCCUUGCUGUACCUCUCUCUGGAUAUCAUUUCUAACACUCUGCGAACAGACAAGUUCACUCUGCAGAUCCAUUUCAACUCUAUUUGCCAGAUUUGGAGCUGUCGUAAAUCACUGUUCUCUCGUUUCAACUUGGAACAGCUUCCUUGAGGGUGCCUAAAAAAAUGAUGUUUGCUGAUUGCUUAAUUUCCGAAAGUCGCUAACUUGACACACAGGCUAUAUUAAACUGCACCACAUUGGUUUGAAAAGUAGGCAAAUUAUAACUUUUUGAAUACUGUAUUGUACCUUAAAGUGUAAUACAAUAAACAAUAGU